UGAUUUCUUGAUUGGUUUAGUCUGUGUCGUCUCUACCCACUCUGCUAGUAAUUUGAAGUUCAUCAUGUUCUCUCAAAAAUCGAAAAAAUCAUACACGGACAACUUCAGCUUGUGAACUCCACAUUUAAUGUAAGAGUAAUUUUUUCUUUUCCUAUUUCAAUUCGUUUCAGAGGAAAAAAGAGAUAAACACAAAGAUGUAUCUAAGCAUGGGAGAAGCACACCGGAGAAUAACAGACUACCUUAACAGAUUCUCCGACGCCGUUUAUUCCCAAGACGGGGCUUCUCUGAAACAACUCCUUUCUCUCUCCUCCAAUUCUUCUUCUAUUCUAUCUCUCGCUGAUGCCCUCAACAUUUUCCAGGACGCUAAUAGACUGAUUAAACAAUCAGAGAAGUACUCUCAAUUUGGGGAAAUAACAUCUCCGCUUUUUCGGUCUCUUCAAAGUUACCGACUUGGCAAUUUGGUUGAUGCGUACCCUGCUUUUGAAAAAGCUGCUAAUGCCUUUAUUCAAGAGUUCAGAAAUUGGGAAUCUGCUUGGGCUUUGGACGCAUUGUAUGUUGUUGCCUACGAAAUUAGGGUUCUUGCUGAAAAGGCUGAUCAAGACUUGGCUUCGAAUGGAAAAUCACCAGAAAAAUUAAAAGCAGCGGGUUCAUUCCUCAUGAAAGUGUUUGGUGUUCUUGCUGGAAAGGGUUCAAAACGUGUGGGAGCACUAUAUGUAACUUGCCAAUUGUUCAAAAUCUACUUCAAGCUUGGCACAGUUCAUCUUUGCCGAAGUGUGAUAAGGAGUAUUGAAACUGCUCGGAUUUUUGAUUUUGAAGAGUUUCCUAAAAGAGAUAAGGUGACCUACAUGUAUUAUACCGGCCGUUUGGAAGUUUUCAAUGAAAAUUUUCCUGCUGCUGAUCAUAAGUUAUCAUAUGCCUUAAUCCACUGCGAUCCUCAGAAUGAAGUAAAUAUAAGGAUGAUAUUAAAAUAUUUGAUACCUGUGAAGCUCUCAAUAGGUAUCUUGCCCAGUGAUGGGCUCCUGCAGAAGUACAACCUAACUGAGUAUGAAAAUGUGGUUAAAGCUUUAAAGAGGGGUGAUCUCCGACUUCUUCGACAUGCCCUCCAGGAACAUGAAAACCAGUUUCUAAGAUCUGGAGUAUAUCUUGUUCUUGAGAAGUUAGAGCUCCAAGUUUAUCAAAGAUUGCUAAAGAAAAUUUACAUCAUUCAGAAGAACAAAGACCCAAGUAAAGCUCACCAGAUGAAGUUGGAAGUAAUUAUUAAAGCUUUAAAGUGGCUUGAGAUGGAUAUGGAUUUGGAUGAGGUGGAAUGUAUUGUGGCCAUGUUGAUAUUCAAGAACCUAGUGAAAGGAUAUUUUGCACACAAAAGCAAAGUGGUAGUAUUGAGCAAGCAGGAUCCUUUUCCCAAGUUAAAUGGAAAACCUGUUAAUUCAUAGAGAUGGUGGAAACACUAUUUGUCUAAUUUUCAUUAGCAGGUCUAAACAGCAACCAGUGCGCCAUUUGCAUGAUUGAAAUCCACUUGCGUAGUACCAUGGAUUCAGCUCUGCUAAAUGUAAAAAUUUGAUCAGAUGCAAUUUUGCCAGUUUGGCCGUGUGUUGUACCAUCCGAUUCGUUGUAGCGCACUCUUUUAGUAACAGCUAUUUUUUGGAAA